AUGACAAUAAAUUUUUUACAGCAUAAUAGCGGAAAGGGUAAAAGAGCGACAGACCAGCUGCUACAAACAUGUAACGAACAAGACAUCGACAUAAUCCUAAUACAAGAGCCAUUCCACGACAUAAAGCCACCUCCUAACUACAUAAUAACGAGUCACAAUAAACAUAGCAAAACAUGUACAAUCACAAAGGCCGUGUACAAACCGAUUACGAUCACCUCUAUGACUGACGAGAAUACCACAACCAUCCAAAUACAAUUACAAGACACAACAAUACACAUCAUCAAUAUAUACGACGAGCCAGGGGGCAAUAGAAAUAAAAGACUAGAUAGACACAGAAGGAAAAUAGAGGAAAUAAAAAACCCCUUUAUACUGGCAGGAGACUUCAACGCCAAAAACACCGGAUGGGGAGGAGACAUAAAUGACGACAGAGGAGAGGACAUAGUGGACUGGAUAACUUCGAGAACUUACUUUAUAAAUAACACACAUGACAGCCCACCGACAUUUAUUAGCAACAGAGGGAAAAGCUGGGUAGACUUGACUAUUACAAAGGAAAUAACCUUAACGGACUGGAUCGUACAUAACGAGGAGACACUCAGCGACCACGCAUAUAUAACAUACAACAUAAGACAAAACAUGAGAUAUGAUCGACAAAAAACAAAUAAGACAAAAUAUGACUUUAACAACACAGAUAACGAGAAAAUUAAAAGAAUCACGGAUAAUCUUGACUGGACCCUGCUCUACGACGUAGAAAGUACAGCGCAAAAAUACCAAAACAACUACGUUAAAAUCAUGGAAAACGGGCUAAAAAAAGGAAAAAGGAAAAAAAGAAAAAAAACUCAAAUAUGGUGGACCCAAGAGCUGACCAGACUAAGACAGAAAACGAACAAGAAACGAAAACAAUAUCAACAAGAACAAAACACAAUAGAAAGAGCAACUAAACUAAACUUAUACAGAGAACAAAGAAGAAUAUACAAAAAAGAGAUAAAAAGAAAUAAAAUAAACUCACUACGCCAAUUUCUCACCGACAAUGACCCGGAUAAUCCAUGGGAAACAGCAUAUAGAAUACUAAGAGCAGGGACCACAACCGACUACUCACUCAAAACGAUAGAAAAACAGGACGGAACGUGGAUAACUACAAGAGAGGAGACAAUAAUGACUUUACACGAAAUGUACUUCCCCCCAGACGACAUACAAAACGACACCCCACUACAAACCGAAAAAAGAAAAAAUAUGACCAGAGACUUUACGACACCCGAAGACCCGAUCUUUACAGAACAAGAGGCCUACAAGAAGGACACUUUCCUAACAUUUGGAAGACCGCAGACAUGGUGUGGUUACCAAAAAAGAACGGCUCCAAAAGACCAAUCUGCCUGCUACCAACACUAG